UAUAUGCCCUAAAUUAGUGAGCGAUUCCCGUAAUAGAUACUUGUCCUUCGACCGUCUUAUAUUCUCAAUCGUAUCCAUAUCAUUGAAAUGUGGGCGGCUGGUAGACUCAGCGAGGAAGUCUUCAGUGCCUUAUUGCGGCAGUCGCACAACAUUGUGCUACCUAAUGGCGUGAAAGUUCCUCGUAACUUCCGGCUGCUGGAGGAGCUGGAGGAAGGACAGAAAGGCGUGGGAGACGGAACAGUGAGCUGGGGUCUCGAGGAUGACGAGGACAUGACGCUCACGCGCUGGAGAGGGAUGAUCGUCGGCCCCCCCAGGACGAUGUACGAGAACCGGAUGUACAGCCUCAAGGUGGAAUGCGGUCCCGGUUACCCAGACACGCCCCCCUUCGUCAGAUUCGUGACCAAGAUCAACCUGAACGGCGUGCACAACUCCAGCGGCGUGGUGGAUACCAGGGCGGUGUCGGCGCUGGCUAAGUGGCAAAACUCGUACACCAUCAAAAUGGUCCUGCAGGAUCUUCGGCGCCUCAUGAUGUGCAAGGAGAACAUGAAGCUGCCCCAGCCGCCCGAGGGACAGAUCUACAGCAACUGAGCCCCUGUCUGCCCCCCUUUGGCCCCCGCCAGCCCCAUGCAUCCCCGCUGAACACAUGCUCAGCCGCCGUUAUCCCCCCCCCCAAUUCCCAGCAGCCCCCGUUCAGCUUAGUCCCAUUCAGCCCUAUUCAGCCCUGCUGGGCCCCCCUCAGCCCCAUUCAGCCCUGCUGGGCCCCCCUCAGCCCCAUUCAGCCCUCUGGGCCCCUCAGCCCCAU